AUGGCAGAACGACGCCUUACGAUGGAUAAGGUCGUCGGAUACCCACGAGUCUUUAAGGAAGUCAUCCUAGGGAAGCUCGCUAUUCUUCCUAGCGAGCUCCUGGACAACAUCAUUUCCACAUGCUGCGAUAUCCAGACCACUGUCACAUCCUUUUCACUCGUCAACAGAGGUGCACGCAACGCCGUCGAUGAAUCAUUUGCUUUCCAACGCGUCUCCUAUUAUGCCCCCGAUGCACUCGCAGCAAUGCUUCGAACACAAGCUGGCUCUUUUUUCACCCUCGAGGACCUCUACGAUACUCUUUGCCGCAGUUCCUCGUGUUUCUCAUGUGGUGGUUUUGGCCCCCUAAUCUGGCUCCUCGAGUGCCGACGAUGCUGUAUGCCCUGUCUUCGUUCACCCGAACUCCUUCCCAUCAACGAGUAUGCGGCAACCAAGGUGUUUGGAGUAUCAGCAGCUACAUUAGCGGGUCUACCCGUCGUUUGCUCUGAAAGUGGCUGGGACGAAUACCUGGACUUCCGGCGUCUUCUGAGCUUCACGAAAGUUCGCGCAGUGGCGGUCGAAGAUGCGGGAGACGAGGCACAGCUCAUGGCUCGCGUCAACCCCACAGCCCAACGCAGAGAAGCAUAUGAGUCUUACAUCUCCUGGCGGGUCAUUACAGACAAGAAGCUUCACGCCCGGUGGAUGGUAGCCGCCCCUCAGAAAAUCAGCAACGACGCAGCUUAUAUGUACCCCCGUCAAGCCAGAGAGAGGUGGGACCAGUGCACCACUCAUUUCCGGUCCAUUAAUCAUCAUGUUCGAAAGUGGAAAAAGAAAAACGAGUCGGCCGUGCACGAGCUACUUUGAUGAUCAGUAACUAUAUUACCGGUGGGUUUCUACAAAAUAAUGAGAAUGGAUCGAACUUUUUUUCGGCUGCCCAAUAUAGUAAUUCAUAGGUACCGGUUUUCUUUCAACACGCGACUCAACACCAAGAGCAACAGUAAUGAUAGAAUAAAUGGUUUAAAAUUGAUUCCCGAAGCAGUACACAAUGUUUUGGUGUCAUCAAGUCAUGCAAUGGAGCCUGCAGUGAUGAAGAAAAUACUGCUGAUUUGGGAUUUGACAGACC